AUGUGUGUAUAUAAACAUGGAUACCUCUAUCAGAUUCUCAAAAAAUUAAAGUCGGUGCGUGUGAUGGGGAAAAGAAGAGCACCAUGCUGUGACAAUAGCCAAGAACUGAAGAGAGGGCCAUGGAGUGAUGAAGAAAGUAGAAGACUCGAAGCUUUUAUUCUAAAAAAUGGUCAUCACAAUUGGAGAUCUCUUCCUAAACUAGCUGGAUUGAUGAGAUGCGGAAAGAGUUGCCGUUUAAGAUGGAUAAACUAUCUGAGACCAGGUCUCAAACGAGGCGACUUCACCAAAGAGGAGGUAGAAACUAUUAUCCACCUUCACCAAGUUCUUGGAAACAAGUGGUCAAAGAUAGCAUCACACUUGCCAGGAAGAACAGACAACGAGAUCAAGAAUGUGUGGAACACUCAUCUCAAGAAACGAUGGGUGAAGAGUAACUCAUCAGCAUCAGAUGUUACUAACCAGGCCUCUUCCUCUUCUUCCUCAUCAGUCUCUAAUGACGUUAUUAAUAGCGAAAAGCAUAGCCAGGAAGAGGAGUUGGAGGAGAUAUUGGUGGAGCAUAUUCCAUAUGGAUUUGAAGUGAAUGCACCACAAUCACUUGAAUAUCUUUUUGAAGAUCGCCAAAUCCCUCCUCUCCCUAUAUCUAAACCGGACUCUCUAGAAAUCCAUAGGCAAUCCCAUGAUGAGUUGUGUAGCCAAAUGGUUGAACCAGGGUUAGAUGUUUACAAUGAGUGGCUCAACUAUUUUGAUAAUCAAACUUUGUAGAACACGAGGAGUUGAUCCACAAUGUUUAUUUGUAUUGCAUCGACCUUGUCUUUGUUUUCUUGUAAGAUGAACUAGAUCAUGAC